CGGCGACCUGAAGACGUGCUUCGCGUGACGGGACAGAGCGACAAGCUCAAGUUCACUAUGCUCAUCGGGCUCCUCCAGGCCACCCCCGAACAGGCGGGCAAGGACAUUGUGCACACCGUGCUCCACCUGCUCGUGGGUGGGGAGUUUGAUAUGGAACUGAACUUUGUAAUUAAUCAUCCAAAAAAUAUAAUAUAUAUGUUAGACUUAUUGGACCAUAGCUCCACUCAACUGCAGGCUGAACUGUGGAGUGUUCUCUGCGCAAUUCUGAAGAAGAGCGUCCGAAACCUCCAAGCUUGUACCGAGGUCAGCCUCAUCGAGCAGAUCCUUGCACGGAUGAGUAACGUCGAUCAGGUUGUCGCAGACCUAGUAAUUGAAGUACUAGGCGUGCUUGCAAGCUAUUCGAUCACAGUGCGCGAGCUCAAAUUGCUCGUGGGCUACUUGAAAGCUAAGGACAGCUCGUGGGGACCUCACUCGGUGCGGCUGCUCUCUGUGCUCCGGGCUCUGCCUCAUCGGACCGGACCGGAUACCUUCUUCAGCUUCUCCGGAAAAAAGGGCUCGGCGAUCGCGUUGCCGCCGCUGUCGCGUUGGCCCUACCAGAAUGGCUGGACCCUCUGUACUUGGUUUCGACUUGACCCUGUGAACUCGGUCUCCAUCGAGCGUGAGAAACCUUAUCUUUACUGUUUCCGCACCGCCAAGGGGGUCGGCUACUCGGCUCAUUUUGUUGGCAACUGUCUCAUCUUCACCUCAAUGAAAGUCAAGGGCAAGGGGUACCAGCACUGCGUCAAAUACGAGUUCCAACCACGGCGAUGGUAUAUGCUCGCCGUGGUGUAUAUUUAUAAUCGGUGGAGUAAGAGUGAGAUCAAAUGCUUUGUCAAUGGCCAGUUGGCCUCUGCCACAGAGAUGAGCUGGUUAGUCAGCACAAAUGACCCGUUCGACAAAUGCUGCAUCGGCGCAUUGCCCGAGCUCGACGAGGAACAUCUAUUCUCUGGUCAAAUGUCAGCCGUGUACGUAUUCUCCGAAGCGCUAACGACGCACCAGGUCUGCGGAAUCCAUCGACUCGGACCGGGUUAUCAGUCACAAUUCCGCUUCGAGGGGGAAACGCUCACGCUGUCGGAAUCCCUCAAGCGUGUUCUCUACGACGGGAAGUUGGCUUCGGCCAUACUCUUCUGCUAUAAUCCGGUGGCCACGGACAGCCAGCUCUGUCUGCAGGCCGCACCGAAAAAUCACAACAGCUCGUUCUUCGUACACAAUCCACACGCGCUCAUGCUCCACGAAGUUCGGGCGAUUUCCACCCAUGGGAUUCACUCGACUCUCAACUCCAUCGGGGGGCUACAGAUGUUGUUCCCUCUGCUCGGGCAACUCGACUUACCCGUCGUGGGUCUUGAAUCCGACCCCAACAAGAGUAACGGAAUAUGCGCCACCCUGAUCGGAUUCAUCUGCGAAAUGUGCGAAGGGAGCACCGCUGUGCAACAGCACAUGAUUCAGAACAAGGGAUUCCUGGUGAUUUCUCAACAGCUACAGAAAGCAUCACGACAACACCUGAAUGAAAAUGUUCUGAACUCGUUCCUCUCGCUCGCUCGACACCUGAUGACGCUAUCCACGCCAAACGGAGAACUUCUGCUCAAACACCUGCUGGACCACAUAUUGUUCAACCCCGCCCUCUGGAUCUAUACUCCAACACCGAUUCAGAUCCGACUCUACUCCUACCUCGCAACGGAAUUCCUGGCCGACACGCAGAUCUACGGGAACGUCCGCAGGGUUUCCACCGUUCUGCAGACGAUGCACAUUCUCAAAUAUUACUACUGGGUUGCGAAUCCCACCGAGAAGAGCGGAAUCGUUCCGAAGGGCACCGAUGGCCCGAGACCGGCACCGCCGGAAAUUCUGUCCAUUCGAGCGUAUCUCUUGCUGUUCCUCAGACAGCUCAUUGUUAAAGGAUCCGGUCCCAAGGAAGACGAACUACAGAGUUGCCUAAACUACCUGACCACAGUCCACGAAGACGACAAUCUCCACGACGUUCUACAAAUGAUGAUUGGACUCAUGGCAGAACAGCCGGCCACAAUGGUCCCCGCAUUCGAUUGCAGGGCCGGUGUCCGCGCCGUAUUCAAGCUUCUGGGAUCACCGUCCGAAACGGUUCGACUGCAGGCUCUCAAACUGUUGGCGUUUUUCCUCAGCCGCAGCACGCACAAGCGUAAACACGACGUCAUGAGUCCACACAAUCUAUACAUGCUGCUCGUUGACAAACUGCUCAUGCAUGCGGAUCAUCUGACGCUCGCCACCUAUAACGUACUUUAUGAAAUGUUGACCGAACACAUCGGCGCCCAUAUUCUCUACACCCCACAUGCUGAGCCUGAACAUCAUUUCCGUUUGGAGAAUCCAAUGGUCCUUAAAGUAGUCGCAAGCCUUUUCCGUCAGUCGAAACCAUGCGAUGAGUUGAUGGAAGUGAAAAGAUUGUUUCUCUCUGACCUAAGCCUGUUGUGCAACGCCACGCGCGAGAACCGCAGGACAGUCCUGCAGAUGUCGGUAUGGCAGGAAUGGCUGAUCGCCCUGGCAUACGUGCAUCCUCAGGAUCAGGAACAGAGGAGGAUUUCAGAAACGGUGUUCGCCCUGUUCCGUACGCUGCUCCAUCACGCAAUAAAAUUCGAGUACGGCGGAUGGAGAGUCUGGGUGGACACCCUCGCGAUCGUGCACUCGCGCGUAGCAUUCGAAGAAUAUCAACUGCACUAUGCGCAGAUGCUGCACGAAACACCGCCUCCGCCCGAGAACAGUCUCCCUGUCUUGGGUCCGAACGCAACGAACGAAACCAACCGUUCGUUGGGAGCCGUACUGUCAGCAACUACGCCAUCGCAGCAUCCCGCUGCUCCGGGUCUUGCGGAAGACGUCGUAGAAGCUGCCGACGUGCCGCGGGUCGAACCGGCAAGUUCCACGAAGCUCGUCUCCGAGACCGAAGACCAAAGUAGCACGAACAUUCCCUCUUGUCCCCCGCCUGUUCCUGGCACCUGUUCCUCUCCCACGUCGCUUUCGCAAGAACAUUACCAAGAGCUUUCCGCGACCUCAACGCCGGAGAAACGAGAGAUCACCGGACCGUUGCGAGUCGAACAAGUAGUUAUCACCGAAGAUGGGCGAGUCGUCUGCGCGUCGAGCUCUCAGGAGACGAUCGAGGAAAAAUCGGAUGACGGAACUGAGAAAGAGCUACAAGCCGACGACAGAGGCCAAGAAGCGGGUGAUGCUACGGCUACGAAAGAAACGAAGGACGAGAGCCAUGAAAACACCGCGUCCUCGCCGGCUUCUUCGAGCGCAGCGAUCGACGCAAUCGGGCCUAGGUCGGAGAAGACGUCUCCAGCAAGCGCGACGGAUUCUCCACAGAAACAGACAAUUGAAAAGCUUUCAACCGAACUCGGGCUUCCGGCUGCUGAGCCCGUCAGCAGAGCGUCGGUCGAGAACGCUCGGGAGGAGUGCGUCGAGGACGUCGUAUUGACCUCGAUCCAGGACGCCACCGAAACGUCUAGCGUCAGUGCCGGCGAGCACAAUGAAGACUCGGAAAUUGAGAAGAAAAUUGAGGAAAUUAAUCUCGAGGACGACGAGGACUGCGCCUCACCCCAAAUCAUAGAUUGCCCGGCGAUCGAGUCGCCGGCGCCAUCUCAAACCUCGCAAGUCUCCGGAUCCGACGUUCAGGAGCAGCAGCAGCAACAACAGCAUCAUCAGCAACAACCAGAUGACGAUGAACGAGAGAAACACGAGACCGAAGGGGAAAAGGAAAUUCCGAUUGACGCCACGCUAGUGACCGAAUUACCUUGUGAUACGAUCGAGUCUUCAAGUAUGCCGCUAUCACCUCUGCUAGAGAAAAAAGCGGCCGAACUGAACGCCAAAAAUCAGCCGCAGCCGCAGUCGACCGAUGUUGUUGAAAUCAAAGAAGGAGAUUCAUCUCAGAACUCACCGGAUAAAGUCGGUGUUUGCAACAAGGAAGCCGCCGCAACUCCCAAAGAAACCCAGUCGAUCGAGAAUGUGGCCAAUCCAGAGGCAGAGGCCGCAGAACAAGCGGAACGAUCUGAAUGCAGUAAUCAAGAGCAAGUUGUGUCCACCAUCGAAGCCCAGAUUCAGCAGACGUCGUACAAGAUAAGGGUGCGAGACAUGGAUCAGAAUAACGUCGACGCAAAGGGAGCAGAACAGGAAGAACUUUCCGAGGACUCUUCGAACAAGUCGAGACCGAAGAGCGUGUCUUUCGCAAGCGCUGACACCUAUGAGAACAUCUACCCGAACCCCAGCGCUGCCGGGACUCGUGACAACGGCUCGCAGAACUCCUCAAGGCAAAUGUUCAACAGCGGACCCUCGAGACCCCCGUUCCGCAUACCCGAAUUCCGCUGGUCGGCAAUCCACCAACGAUUGCUCUCGGACCUGCUCUACUCCCUCGAGACUGACAUUCAACUGUGGAGAUCGCAUUCCACGAAGACCAUCAUGGACUUCGUUAAUUCUUCAGAAAAUGCAAUAUUUGUCGUGAAUACGGUCCAUUUAAUAUCGCAGCUCUCCGAUAAUAUUGUAAUAGCCUGCGGAGGUCUUCUUCCACUCCUGGCCGCUGCCACAUCUCCAACGCAUGAACUCGAAGUGGUGGAACCUACGCAAGGGCUAUCGUCGGAGAUGAGCUUUGCCUUCUUACAGCGUCUGGUGCACCUGGCCGACGUGCUGGUGUUCGCCUCGUCGCUAUCGUUCUCUGAACUCGAGUCGGAGAAAAACAUGGCGUCAGGCGGAAUACUUCGGCAGUGUCUGCGGUUGGUUUGCACCAACGCCGUUCGGACCUGUCUCGAUGGACGGGUGAAAAUCCCUCCGUCGCAAAGCGGGCACGGCCACCAUCAGCAGACAGCCCAUCAUCAACAUCCGAGCAUGGCCAGCGCUUUGCAACGAAUGCGGAACGAUCUCAGCGGGACUCUGAUGCAAAUCAAGGACCCUGAGAAACUCCUGCAAGACAUGGACGUUAACAGACUCCGAGCUGUCAUUUACAGAGAUGACGAGACGAAACAAGCUCAGUUUUUGGCUUUAGCUGUGGUCUACUUCAUCUCCGUUCUGAUGGUGUCCAAAUACCGCGAUAUUAUAGAACCCGCUAGUCCGCAUACCGAGCGAAGAGAACGUUGCGAGAACGGCCGUUACGGGCCGACUGGACAAGCCGCGUCGACGACGUCGAACAACAGUUGCCAGCCGCAAACGGGCCAACAGAAUUCGCCUGAGGAGGAUUCGGAUAUUCUAGCAAAUCUGCACUCUUCAAGUAUUCCCAUCAUACCCGCGCAGCAUAUGAAUCAGGGCAACCCGUCCGCGCAUUCACAUUGCCACCAGCAGAGCUCACACAUCUCCGCCAGUGACGAUGCGUACAACGGAUCGAACAAGAGCACGUCGGAUUCCCGGAACGGAGAAUCCCGGGAAGCCACUCUCACGCAGAAGCUGGAAACCGCCCUAUGCGGCGUGUGCCCUCUGCUGCGGGAGAUCAUGGUCGACUUCGCCCAGUUCCUCUCAAAAACGCUGGUGGGAUCCCACGGUCAAGACCUGCUGGUCGAGGGCAAAGGCUUGAACACGUUCAAGAACUCGACGUCAGUGGUCGAACUAGUGAUGCUUUUGUGCUCGCAGGAAUGGCAAAAUUCCUUGCAGAAACAUGCUGGCUUGGCAUUUAUUGAAUUAAUCAACGAAGGACGGCUUCUCUCGCACGCGAUGAAAGAUCACAUCGUGCGUGUGGCCAACGAAGCUGAUUUCAUACUGAACAGAAUGCGCGCGGACGAUGUCAUCAAGCACGCCGACUUCGAGCAGCUAUGCGGCCAAACCGCGGCUGAGCGCAGGGACGAAGAGAGCAUGUGCGACCAUCUGAUCACGGCGGCCAGGAGGCGAGACGGCGUAGUGGCGCAACGAAUGAUCGACAAAGUCUACAACAUGCUCACCAACCGACACGGUGCCUGGAGAAAACGCAAUUGUUCCCACAAGGCGAACACAGCCACCAUCGUCGAGAACAAGAUCGACCACCUCAAGCUCGACAGUUGGGAAGAUGACGCUCGACGACGAAGGCGAUUCGUGCGGAAUCCGCUAGGCUCGACACAUCGUGAAGCAACUCUCAAAGCCGCUGAGGAGAACGGCGCUCCUGACGACGCCAUCGCUGCGGCUCGUGAAGAGAUCCACAAGCAACUUGCUCAACAAAGAAGACAGACCGGAUCCCCGGGUAGCGAGCUCGCGGCUGGCGAGUCCGAGUACUGGGAAGAUAAGGAGUUGGACUCCGAGUUCGCCGGCAGUGUAAGUCUGAGCACUCGAUGUCGUCUCAUCGCUCCAGGCAUAACUGCUCCGGGCACCUUGUCUGUAACGCAGUCCGAACUCUUCUUCGAAGUUGACGAGGAGGACACCGAAUUCAAGAAGAACUGUCCCAACGUCCUGAAGUAUUGUGAGCAUAUUCAUGGCAAGUGGCACUUCAGCGAAAUCAGGGCCGUAUUUUCGCGCCGCUACCUGCUUCAGAAUGUUGCUCUCGAGAUAUUCCUCGCAUCGAGAACAUCGAUAAUGUUCGCAUUCGACAGUCAGAAAACAGUGAAAAAAGUUGUCAAGGCCCUCCCUCAAGUGGGAGUGGGAAUCAAGUACGGCAUCGGACAAACCCGAAGGGCUUCGUUGAUGACGCCGCGUCAGAUCUUCCAACAGAGCAACAUGACGCAGAAAUGGCAACGACGAGAGAUCUCCAACUUUGAAUACCUUAUGUUCUUGAACACUAUCGCCGGUCGAACGUACAGUGAUUUGAAUCAGUAUCCAGUUUUUCCGUGGGUGCUGACAAACUACGAAAGCGCAGAACUUGAUGUCAGCCUUCCGUCGAACUACAGAGAUCUGUCCAAGCCUAUUGGCGCUCUGAAUCCGUCCCGUAAACAGUUUUUCGAAGAGCGCUACGAGUCUUGGGAGCAUGAUAUUAUACCUCCGUUCCACUAUGGCACACAUUAUUCAACGGCGACAUUUACUUUGAAGUGGCUCUUCCGCCUUGAGCCGUUCACGACGAUGCUAAUCGCGUUGCAAGACGGCCGAUUCGAUCAUCCCGAUCGACUCUUCUCGUCCGUGGCCCAGUCAUGGAAAAACUGUCAGAGAGAUACGUCCGACGUAAAGGAACUAAUUCCGGAAUUCUUCUAUUUACCCGAGAUGUUCCUCAAUCAGAACUCGUUCAGUUUGGGUAAACGGGACGACGGCCACGUAGUUGGUGAUGUAGAGCUGCCCCCAUGGGCAAACGACUCGGCAGAGGAGUUUGUCCGCAUCCAUCGUAUGGCUUUGGAGUCAGAGAUUGUCUCGUGCCAACUCCAUCAGUGGAUCGAUUUAAUUUUCGGCUAUAAGCAACGGGGGCCUGAAGCAGUACGAAGUACGAAUGUGUUCUAUUACUUGACCUACGAAGGCACGGUGGAUCUCGAAAAUAUCAAGGAUCCCGUAAUGAGGGAGGCCGUUGAAAACCAAAUCAAAAACUUUGGUAUGACGCCAUCGCAGCUCCUGCUCGAACCACAUCCGCCGAGGAGUUCGGCGAUGCACAUCAGUCCGUUGAUGUUCUCGCCGGUGGCCGACGAAGUCUGUAUGGUGAUAAAGUUCCUGUCGAAUUCUCCGAUCGUCCACAUUUCGGCCAAUACCUACCCGCAGCUACCGACGCCGUCCGUGGUGACGGUCGCGGCAAAUCACAACUUCGCAGUCAAUCGGUGGAAUCCCAACUUCAACACACCGCUGCAUGCCGGCGGCGCUGCAGCUGCAGGGUAUCAUCACGAUGUGUCGUCCCAGAGCGGAGGACCGUCCCAGCAGAACCAGGUCCUGCCACUAUCGAUGGACCCGCUACUGAUGAUGAAUGUCUCGCCGCACAAGCGUCAUCUGGGCGACGCGGACUUUUCGCAACAGCUCAGAAUGCGGCCGUCGUGCUUCGUCACGACGGUCGAUUCGCGCUUCAUCAUUGCGGCCGGCUUCUGGGAUAAAUCCUUCCGAGUGUUCUCAACUGAGUCCGCGAAGACCGUGCAGAUUAUCUACGCGCACUUCGGUGUUGUCACGUGUUUGGCGAGGUCUGAGUGCAACAUCACAUCGGACUGUUAUGUCGCCUCGGGCUCGGAGGAUUGUACGGUGCUCCUUUGGCACUGGAACGCCCGCACCCAAUCGAUUGCUGGCGACAACGCCAAUCCCGACGUGCCGACCCCACGAGCGUCCUUGACCGGCCACGAAAGUGAAAUCACAUGCAUCGUGGUAUCAGCAGAACUGGGUCUCGUGGUGAGCGGUUCGAGAUCGGGCGCUGUGCUCGUCCAUACGACCGCGGGAGAUCUGUUACGCUCUGUGCAGGGUCCGGAACACUUCAAGAGUCCUCAUCUUUGUUGCCUGUCGCGAGAGGGAACCAUGGUGGUUUGCUACGAUCUCAGCAAUGUUUGCACAUUCAACAUGAACGGCAAGCAACUCAGGGACGUUACGCAUCAUGAUGAUAUCGGGUGCUGCGCAUUGAGCCGCGACGGAGAAUAUCUGAUAACGGGUGGAGAGAGCGGAGUGGUUGAAGUUUGGCGCACGUACAAUCUCGCGCUUCUGUACGCCUUCCCGGCAUGCGAAGGCGCAGUGCGCUCGGUCGCUCUCUCCCACGACCAAAGAUUCCUAAUUACUGGUUUGUCUAACGGUUCGAUUACCGUAUUCUACAUCGACUUCAACCGGUGGCAUCACGAAUAUCAACAACGAUACUGA